GUCAGGACUAGAGGAAGAAUGUUCCUGGCUGUCCUGUACGGCUUGUUGUGGAGUUUCCAGACCUCUGCUGGUUAUUUUCCACGCGUCUGUGUGUCCCCCAAGAACCUGAUGGAGAAGGAAUGCUGCCCACCAUGGGAGGAUGAUGGGAGUCCCUGUGGUCAGCUUUCAGGUAGGGGCUCCUGUCAGAAUAUCCUUCUGUCUAGCGCACCACCUGGGCCUCAGUUCCCCUUCACAGGGGUAGAUGACCGGGAAUCUUGGCCUUCCGUCUUUUAUAACAGGACCUGCCAGUGCACUGGCAACUUCAUGGGAUUCAAUUGUGGAAGCUGCAAGUUUGGCUUUGGGGGACCAGACUGCACAGAGAGACGACUCUUGGUGAGAAGAAACAUCUUCGAUUUGAGUGUUCCAGAGAAGGAUAAAUUCCUUGCUUAUCUCACUUUAGCGAAGCAUACUACCAGCCCAGACUAUGUCAUCCCAACAGGCACCUAUAGCCAAAUGAAUAAUGGAUCAACGCCCAUGUUCAAUGACAUCAAUGUUUAUGACCUCUUUGUCUGGACGCAUUAUUAUGUGUCAAGGGAUGCGCUGCUUGGGGGAUCAGAAAUCUGGCGAGACAUUGAUUUUGCUCAUGAAGCACCAGGUUUCCUGCCUUGGCAUAGACUCUUCUUGUUGUUGUUGGAACAAGAACUCCAGAAGAUGACCGGGGACGAGAAUUUCACUAUUCCAUACUGGGACUGGCGGGAUGCAGAAAACUGUGACGUUUGCACGGAUGAGUACAUGGGAGGUCGCCACCCAGCAAACCCUAACCUACUCAGCCCCGCAUCCUUCUUCUCCUCUUGGCAGAUUAUCUGUAGCCGGUUGGAGGAGUACAAUAGCCGCCAAGCUUUAUGUGAUGGAACUCCCGAGGGACCGUUACUUCGCAAUCCUGGAAACCAUGACAAAGCUAGAACCCCAAGGCUCCCCACUUCAGCUGAUGUGGAAUUCUGCCUCAACUUGACCCAGUAUGAAUCAGAUUCCAUGGAUAAAGCUGCCAACUUCAGCUUUAGAAAUACACUUGAAGGAUUUGCCAGUCCACGUACUGGGAUAGCAGAUGCCUCCCAAAGCAGCAUGCACAAUGCCUUGCACAUCUUUAUGAAUGGAACUAUGUCCCAGGUGCAGGGAUCUGCCAACGAUCCUGUUUUUCUUCUUCACCAUGCUUUUGUUGACAGUAUUUUUGAACAAUGGCUCCGAAGACAUCGCCCUCUUCAAGAAGUUUACCCAGAAGCCAAUGCACCCAUUGGACAUAACAGGGGAUCCUACAUGGUUCCUUUUAUACCUCUGUAUAAAAUUGGUGAUUUCUUUAUUUCAUCCAGAGACCUGGGCUAUGAAUACAGCUACCUACAAGACUCAGACCCAGACUUUUUUCAAGCCUAUAUUAAGCCCUUCUUGGAACAAGCCCUUCAGAUCUGGCCGUGGCUGGUUGGGGCAGCUGUGGUAGGCGCUGUCCUCACUGCUGUGCUGGCAAAGAUCACCAGCCUAUGCCGUCACAAGAAAGAGCAGCUUCCUGAAGAAAAGCAACCUCUCCUCAUGGAAAAAGAGGACUACCACAGCUUGUUGUAUCAGAGUCGUUUAUAAAAGGCUUUGGCCAUAGAGCCAGGCCAGGAAGCCUGACUUCACUCUAACUAAAGUGAUGUCCAGGUUCCCAGGAAACAUCUCUACCAAUGUCUGGAAGACAUUCCCAGAAUUGUAGCUCUAAUACGGUGGGUCCCCUCCCAACACUGGGAGGACACAUCUGUGUCCUCUGUUUCUACUUAGCCCUUUUUACAGUUUCCCUCA